AGAAGGAAAAAAGAAAGACCGGUCUCACACGCCCAACUUUCAACCAACAAACAAACUUUUGUUCGAUAUCAUUCCUUUCUUUCUUCCUGAUUUCAAAUCAUUCAACAAAUCUAAUCGCUCUGUUUUUCUACUGUUUAUUUUACUUCAAAUCCAUGGAUAAAGAAGCUGAGUGUUGCUCCACUCACCUCAUAGACGGGGAUGGUACAUUCAAUGCAGAUGGACUUCACAGUUUUAUCAGAAAAGUCAAACUUAUAGAAUGUGGACUUUCUUAUGCCGUUGUUGCUAUUAUGGGUCCACAGAGCAGUGGGAAAAGUACACUUCUAAAUCAUCUUUUUCAUACCAACUUCAGGGAAAUGGAUGCUUACAGGGGAAGGACUCAGACUACCAAAGGUAUAUGGAUAGCAAGAUGUCCUGGUAUUGAACCUUGCACCAUUGUAAUGGAUCUUGAGGGUACUGAUGGAAGAGAGCGAGGAGAGGAUGACACCGCAUUCGAGAAGCAAAGCGCCCUUUUUGCGCUUGCUGUUUCAGAUAUAGUGCUCAUAAACAUGUGGUGUCAUGAUAUUGGGCGUGAGCAGGCUGCAAAUAAACCUCUUCUGAAAACUGUAUUCCAGGUUAUGCUGCGGUUAUUUAGUCCUCGUAAAACAACUUUAAUGUUUGUUAUACGUGAUAAAACAAAGACACCUCUUGAAAAUCUAGAGCCCGUCUUGAGGGAAGAUAUCCAGAAGAUAUGGGAUUCUGUUCCCAAGCCAGAAGCCCACAGACAUACCCCACUGAGUGAAUUUUUCAAUGUUCAAGUUGUUGCCCUGUCUAGUUAUGAAGAGAAGGAGGAACAGUUUAAAGAGCAGGUUGCUAGUUUAAGGCAGAAGUUUUUUCAAUCUAUUGCACCUGGCGGUCUAGCGGGUGAUAGGCGAGGAGUUAUUCCCGCUUCUGGUUUUUCCUUCAGUGCACAGCAAAUCUGGAAAGUUAUUAAGGAGAAUAAAGACCUUGACUUGCCUGCUCACAAGGUGAUGGUGGCAACUGUACGAUGCGAAGAAAUUGCUAAUGAGAAAUAUUCUUCAUUUGUUUCGAACGAGGAUUGGAUCGAGUUAGAAGAGGCUGUGCAAUCUCAUCUUGUCCCAGGCUUUGGACUGAAGCUUAGUGGACUGCUUCACAAAUGUUUAUCCAGCUAUGAUGAAGAGGCGACUUAUUUUGAAGACAGUGUUAGAUUUGCAAAGAGAAAACAAUUGGAAGAGAAAUUGACGCAACUUGUUCAACCAGCGUACUUGUUGAUGUUGGAACACAUACGAUCUGAGACACUCAAUAACUUCAAAAAGGCACUUACUGAUGCUUUAAAUGAAGGACAAGGGUUUGCAGUGGCUGCUCGUGACUGCUCUAAAAUGUUCACGAAAUUAUUUGAUGAACAAUGUCAAGAUGCUGUUAUCAAGCAAGCCAAAUGGGACUCCGCUAAAGUAAGGGAUAAAUUUCUACACGAUUUAGAUGCACACAUUGCUGAAGUUCAAACUGCCAAACUAUCUGAAGUUACUGAUCUAUAUGAGUCAAAAUUAAAAGAGGCCCUCUAUGGUCCUGUGGAAGCUCUUCUAGAAGGCGCUAGUGACGAUACUUGGCCCGCAGUAAGGAGACUUCUUCAUCGUGAAACCGAAACAGCUGUCAAUGAGUUCUCUUAUGCACUGUCGGGUUUUGAAAUGAAUGAACAAGCCAAGGAAGAUAUGAUUUUAAAAUUGAAAAAUUAUGCAAGAGGAGUAGUUGAAGGGAAGACAAAAGAAGAAGCUGCCAAAGUUUUGUACCGCAUGAAAGAAAGAUUUACUUCCAUAUUCAAUCAUGAUACUGAUUCAAUGCCGCGAGUCUGGACUGGAAAGGAAGAUAUUCGAGCUAUAACUAAAACUGCCCGGUCUUCUUCUUUAAAGUUGCUUUCUGUGUUGGCUGCCAUUCGUUUGGAUGAAGACACUGAUACAAUUGGGGAUACGUUAGUCCUCACACUAGUGGACCCAAAGAAAGGCACUAGUAAGAGUCAUUCGGACCCUUUAGCCUCAAGCACAUGGGAAGAGGUUCCAGCUACCAAGACACUUAUAACCCCUGUUCAGUGUAAAAAAUUGUGGAACCAAUUUCUAACUGAAACUGAGUAUACAAUUACUCAAGCUACUGCUUCUCAGGAAGCUAAUAAGCGCAAUAACAACUGGUUACCACCGCCAUGGGCAAUUGCUGCCAUGGUGGUCCUUGGGUUCAAUGAGUUUAUGACUCUCUUAAGGAAACCUUGGUGGGUGCUGUUUAUAUUUGUGGGUUACUUGCUUCUUAAAGCUUUAUGGGUCCAGCUAGACAUUUCUGCUGAAUUUCGCAAUGGCCCACUUCCCGGAAUUCUUGCAUUGUCUACCAAGUUUCUUCCAACAGUUACAAAUCUUCUUAGAAAACUAGCAGAAGAAGGGCAGGCGCCUGUGAGGACCGAGGCACAAAGGAAUACUACCGAACCACCACAAGCAACGACGAUCGUUCAGAGUAACAGUGGUUUAUCAUCAACUGCUUCAUCGGAGGUAAUUACAGAAAACGAAGCCGAAUACAGUAGCCCAUCAAGACAUGAUAAAGAUCUUUAAAAAUCUGAUAAACCACUUUUGUAUGUAUGAAAAACUUGUCCAUGCCACCGGAAAAUCUAAGUUAAUGGGCUUAAACUUGUGAUAUUCAAGAGGGUAUAGAGUUUACUAGAGCCGUGUAUUUUGGCGUUACCAUGUAGAUCUUGAUUUUGGUCGGUCGUCGAGAUAUACUGAAUUAAGUGAAACUUGCAUUUUAAAUGUCAAGUUUAGAGUGAGUUUGUUGUAUAAGAUGGGAAUAAAAUGGUUGCAUUUUUGAUAUGUUCAA